AUGCACUCUAAACAUUCAAAACUAUUUGAAUCAGGUGCAGAGCCAAUUAAAAGAGAAAUACUAGAAUCAUACUUGAUUUAGGGUAAAAAACAUAAUUCUAAUGACGAUUCAUAAUUAAGAGAACAUAUUGAAAAAUUAACUAAUGAAGUAGCUGCAAUAAAAAAAUCAGUUGCUACUAAAUAAAAUGAUAAAGCAAUAUAAUGUGAAGACAGAAAUUAUGAAUUAAUGAAUUCUCUUUUAAAAUAAAAAGAUAAAUCAAUAGAGUAAUAUGAAAGACAAAUCUUGAGUUUUAAGAACAUAAUCAUAUAAAUCGAUCAUUAGAAAAAGAAACUACUAAAUAAAUUAGAAAUAUAAGAUCCAAUGAAGAGUAGUCAAGCUAUAUUGAUAUCUUAAUAAAAUUAGAUAUUAUUUGAUAAAUAAAUGAUUUGUAAAAGUCAACAAACGGAAGUUGAUUUUGGAAUAAAAUUUAUUUAAAACUCUGUUACUGAAGAAUAAAAUUCUAAAUCAAUAUAGACUAAUUCUAAAGUUUAUAGUGAGAUAAAUAUGUUAACUUAAGAUGAAAUACAUAAAGAGAUAGAGUAAUAUAAGAUUAUUUUAAGAGAGUAUGAUUAAGAAAAUAGAAAAUUAAAAAAGUAAAUCCAAUAAUUACAACAUUCAAAGAUUAAGGUUGAUUAGGAUACUUAAACAAAUUUAAUUCAAUUUUAGAAAGCAUUAUAAACUGAAGAUGAUUUAAAGAUUGAACUUGAAAAAACAAUUAAAGAGUAUUAAUAAAGUAUAGAUGUUCUUAAUUUAAUAAAAAAACAAUUCAAUUAAUAGACAUUAGAAUUUAAUAUAUUGAAAAACUAAUAUGAUUCAUUAUUAAGUGACUAUUAUUUUAUUUAAUCAGAAAACAAAUCAAAUGAAAAAACUAUAAAUUAAUUAAAUGAUGAAAUUGAAUAAUUGAAAUUGGGUUUAUAAACAAAAGAAUUUAGUAUAAGCAGUGCUGAUACACUUACUUCUCCUAAUGAUUCAUUAAGAAGUUAUAAGAAAAUGGGUUCUAAUGUAAAAUUGAAUUUUGUGAAUUCAACAUACUUUAAUCCAUAAAAUAUUGAUGAAUUAAUAUUAGUCUAAUAAGAGAAUUAGAUAUUGAUGUUAAAAAUAUCAGAAUUAAAAUAACAAUUAUUAGAAUUUUAAAGAAAUCAAAAAAAUCUGUAUGAGGAAAUUAAUUAGAAAGAUGAUUUAAUUAAUACUUAGUAAUAAGAAUUAUAGGAAUAUAGAAAAGAUUAAAUAGAUUUUAAGAGAAGAAUGGAAAAUGUGUAAAAAUUAGAAACUAAAUUGAUGGGGUAGGAGAAUGGAUAUAUAAUGGAAAUAUAAGAUUUGUAAUAGAAUAUGAUGAAGUUGAAUUAAGAAUAUGUAGGUUUGAAGAUUAUUAAUCAAACAUUACAUAAAUAAAUAGAGAAAUAUUAGAAUAAAGGAUUAUUGUUAUAGCAUUAAAAAUGA